UGACGGAUUCCAUUUCGUCCAUACCGCAUGUAUGAGCAACAACAAAGCAUACGUUGAUGUUAUGGACUACGCUGUUCCUUCUUGACCAAAUGGUCGCCAUUCUCUCAAAGAUAAGACGCAAUUUAUUCGAUAAAUCGGAUGUGCCUCUUAAAUCGAGAAGAACGGCUCUUUCAACAUUUGCAACUAGAGAAUUCGGACGAAUCAUAGCAUACGCUGUUCAAUCACUAUUGAUUCGCUUUUAAAUCAAGCUCAAGUACGUAGCGAACCAUAUUUUUCGUGCAAUGCCUGAGCUGCAAUUGCCACGCUUAAGUUGUGCAUUAUUCUGGACACGAAGGGAAUCAGAACGUGAGAGAUGGGAGGCUUCGGUAAACGAGAAUAUGCACCGUCAUUCCCCACCGCAUUUACAUACCAUCUUUAUCUUCAUGUACAAUCGUUGUUUAGUGUGGUUUGGAUGGACGUGAUGUUGCUAUCUGACGAAGUCAGCCGUGAUUUUGACUGUGAAACCAUGCAGUCUUGCUGGAGUCUAUUGAUGCUGAAACCUGCCGGUAGGGCAUGUGCAUACGUAGGUGCAUGUGAAAGUAAAGUAUUGUACCAAUUACUAUAGCAGGUGCUGGUGACGAGCGCAAAAUAUUUUAUCACAUGAUUUUCCUUUAACAGAUUCCUGGUGAGCGAUCUGGUUACUUGGUGUGAAGGAGUGUUAUUUUGAAUUGCUUCACAUUCACCACCUGUGAUAGUUAGUACCUUCAAACCAGAAGACAUGUAAUGCGAAUCAUCACUUCAGAAGCAGUGAUGAUAAUCUCUAAAUGACGGCGGAGAUGGUGAAGGCUCUGGUCACUUCAUCCGUUAUGGUUAUUCAAACGAAAAAUCGCUGAAAGCAGGUUAACUGCUGAAGUGCUCACUGCGGAACAAACAUUUCAUCCCAUUUGACACCGCUGACUUUUUAUUUUGCACCAGUUCUUGCGCUUUGCCAAGACACGAUCUGAAUAUUUUAUAUACACAUGAAACGCUCGUGCAGUAGGCGCUGAAGCAGAAACAUAUCUUUGAGAAUGUCAUACCACUGAUGGCUGACUGUGGGCACUGACUGCUACUUUACGCUCCGACAGCAAAAAACCGAAUAAUUGGGUGGCCGCAUUUUAAACUUAAAAUUUGACGUGCUACCGCUAGCCUAUCAUGUCACUUUUUGCCAUGCAAGAAGCCAGUCCAAUAGCUCUCAAGCAGCGACGCAGCUAAAAGACAAGAGCCAUGUGGACGAUCAUAGAUUGUGGCGUAUGAGUGUGAGAUGUAGAAAACUUACUCGGCUCUUUUUUGCGAGUUUUUUUGUCUGAAAGCACCAUUCUUGUAUUGGCUCCAUUUGUGCA